AUGGCAGCAGGGUUGCGGCCCGGCGCGCCUGGAGGUCCAGCGUGGAGGCCCCGAGCCCGAGCGCGCGCCCCUGGAGCCAAGGCGCGGCCGGACAGCGCCGCUGCUAUGUCUCUGGACACGGGGGAACUGGCGUCAGAGACGGGGGAUGACAGUCUGUCUGUGGCCACCUUGGAGUCCGACUUUGAGACAAAAACAAAGAGGAAAAGUUUCCACAAACCCCCACCUACAUCACCAAAGUCGCCAUAUCAGUCAAAAGUGAGGAAAGUGACAUCCUGGAGGCCUCUGAGGACAGCAACCACCAUGCCUCUGGGCAGCCGUGCAGCUAUCACCACACAGAGGCUCUGGCUGGGCAGCUCAAAGCAAGCAAGUCUGGUGCAGCCCCUGAAGUCAGAGCUCACCUCAGAGCACCCGUGGACCAGCCCCCCCAGGGACACGCCUGACUACUUGACAGAAGCACUGAGGAUGAAGAGGUGCAGCCUCAGGCGGUCGGCCAGCAAUGGUCACGCUCCCGGGACCCCUGUGUACAGGGAGAAGGAGGACAUGUAUGACGAAAUCAUUGAGUUGAAGAAGUCAUUACAUGUGCAGAAGAGUGAUGUGGAUCUGCUGAGGACCAAGCUCCGGCGCCUGGAAGAGGAAAACAACAGGAAGGAUCGGCAGAUCGAGCAGCUCCUGGACCCCUCCCGUGGCCCUGAGUUCAUUCGGACCCUGACAGAGAAAAGGCCUGACACCAUCUGGGUCAUUAACGGGCUGAAGCAGAGGAUUCUCAAGCUGGAGCAGCAGUGCAAGGACAAGGAUAGCACCAUUAGCAAACUGCAGUCGGACAUGAAGACCACUAACUUGGAGGAGAUGAGGAUCGCCAUGGAAACCUAUUACGAGGAGAUCCACCGUUUGCAGACUCUGUUGGCAAAUUCUGAAACAACAGGGAGGAGGCUCCCUGGAGACAAGAAGGUGGGUGCCAGGAGGCAAAAGAAGGUGAGCUCGGCGCUGCUGAAUCUGUCCCGGAGCGUGCAGGAGCUGACGGAAGAAAACCAGAGCCUUAAGGAGGACCUGGACCGCCUGCUCAGCAACUCCCCCACCAUCUCCAAAAUGAAGGGAUAUGUGGAGUGGAGCAAACCCCGGCUACUAAGGCGCAUUGCGGAACUAGAAAAGAAGUUAAGUUCCAUGGAGCCAUCUGGGUCGCAGACAGCCAACCCACUGGCACCCUCGGCCUGUAGCCCAGGCACACACCAGCAGCCUGAGGAGGUAGAGCAUCUUCGGAACACCGUGAGGAGUCUCCGGGCUGAGCGCAGCAACCUGCAAAGUCAGCUACUGGAGAAGGACGGGGAGGUGCGCCUGCUGCUGCAGGUUAAGGCUGACUUGCAGAAGGAGCUGGACACCCUGAAGGAAGGCGAGUCCAGGAGGAUGGAGCAAGAGGAAGCUCUGAGACAGGAAGUGCAGAUGCUGCUCAAAAAGGUGGAGGCACUGCAGGCAGCGAGCACAGAAGGACAUAAGGAACCUGUGGAGGCAGCUCCUAAGGACCAGGAAGAACCCAGCACACUCCAAGCCCCUCAUCAGUCCUCUCCACCCAGAGGAGCCAACACGGAGCCCUGGGCCUCCCUCUGCUCAGAGAGCCGGCGAGAUGCAGCCGCCAGAACCCUGCAGGCUCACUGGAAGGCACACAGACGUGAGAAGUCAUUCGUACCCUGUGUACCGAGCCCUCAGUGCCAGGCCCAGGAGGAGGCCGUGACUGUCGUCCAGUCUGUUCUGCGGGCACACCUGGCACGGACCUGCCCCAGCAUUGCCGGCCUCAGGCGCACCCCCAGUAUGGCAAAAAUGAUGUCUGCCUCAGCCACACCCCAGGACCCCUCCUCGACUGGCCCUGUAGUAAUCCCUGCUGGUGAGGAUAGCAAAGUAAGCAGCAGAGAGACCAUGGGAGGACCAGCCACAGAGGAUGAUGAACCUAGUCCAUGGAUGGUGGCAACGCUCGUAGCCCCACACCCUGGCCCUGGCCCGCCUGCACCCUCCAACGCACAGUCACCACCGCCCCCAGCUGACAUCAGCUCUGACGACUCGGAUGAGGUGGUGGUGCCACCCUUUGUGCCCAGGAGGAAAGCGCCCUCCCCACCCUAGCCAUGCUGGCACCCCACAAGUGAUAUGUCAGAUGGGGCAGUGCCAGUACUGCAGCUGGGAAACUCUCUGUGGUGAAGGAGAGAACAGGACCCACUCGCCAGCGGUGUCUGCCAGUUUCUCUUUCCUGUUGCUUGUUUGCUUCAAGAAUUACCAGGCCCUUUGUUGGGACAACCUGGUGCCUGCAGAGAUGCCCCCUUCUCCUUUGGGAGAGCUAGGGGUUCACCCUGCCCCUUGCCUGGCCCUGUAGCACACAGACCUGUGCCCCCUCACCACCCAGACCCUCCCUGUUGAGCUCUUCAGAAGAGCAGCCACAAAGUGGGCACCAGAGGUGGGUGCAUCCCUCAAUGGGCCAUGCCGGCCCCUUAUGAGCCCAGGGUCCCAAGGCCUCACCAUCCCCCAGACUGACCUUUCCCCAUGACCCCUCAAGCAGGCCUUCCUCCAUGUUCCCCAGCUUCCCCUCUGCUCCACCUUCUCCAGUGUCGCACAUGGAAUGGAACGGUGGGGCUUUGUCAUGGGGGUUUAUCGAGCCUCUGAAAUCUGGAUCAGAAGGGCCAGGAUGUGGUUUGGUAAGGGCUGGAACAGCCCCUGAGCCACAGGAAGUAGCGGUAAUAAACUGACUAGAAUGAGCGGUAGGAAGUAACAAAUAAAUGGACUCUUGAGUAGAAUAA